ACACUACUGCCGGCGCGAGGUGACGCGGUCACAUUCUCGCGCGUUGAGGCACAAUUAAGGAUCUCCCGAGCCAAAAAGAAGUCCUCUAUAGCAGGCUACGAGCCGAGGGCGAGAUAACGUGUAGAGGCCAGAUGGCGACUGACAGCCAGUGUGUUGUGAUUGGUGAUGAAGAACAGGGCUAUGACUUAGAUUUGUUCUGCAUUCCCAAACAUUACGCUGCAGACUUGGAGCGUGUCUACAUACCACAUGGUCUUAUAAUGGACCGGACAGAGCGUCUGGCCCGUGACAUUAUGCGUGACAUGGGUGGUCAUCACAUUGUGGCGUUGUGUGUCCUUAAGGGUGGGUACAAGUUCUUUGCUGAUCUCUUGGACUACAUCAAAGCUUUGAACCGCAACAGUGACCGUUCCAUUCCAAUGACUGUGGAUUUCAUUCGGCUAAAGAGCUACUGUAAUGAUCAAUCAACUGGUGAUAUAAAAGUUAUUGGUGGCGAUGACCUGUCUACUUUGACUGGGAAGAAUGUCUUGAUUGUUGAGGACAUCAUCGACACAGGAAAAACAAUGAAGACAUUGCUUGAACUUUUAAAGCAGUACAAUCCCAAAAUGGUGAAAGUUGCAAGCUUGCUUGUAAAGCGAACGCCUAGGAGUGUUGGUUACAGACCCGAUUUUGUAGGAUUUGAAAUACCAGAUAAAUUUGUUGUAGGAUAUGCAUUGGAUUACAAUGAAUAUUUCCGAGAUCUCAAUCAUAUCUGUGUAAUUAGUGAAAAAGGAAAGGAGAAAUACAAAGUGUCAAAAUCUGAAGAUUGACCAAAAUCAGUCUGCGAUUAAUUUAAACUUUUAUAUAUGUGACCCACUUAAACUAUUAGUUUUCAAUUAUGUUUUCACAUGGGAGACACCCAAACACUGCUGCAUUUAUAUAUGCAGUAGAUUCAGCUUUUAAAAAGAUAUCAUGCAUAUUGGAAUGCAUGCUUGUGGCACAUUUCUGGGAGUGGGAGGGUGAAAAUGGAGGCUUAAAGUUGUCAUUUUUUAAAUCUAGUAAAGAGUUUUAGAGGUUUGAAAAAAAUCAUUCUUUCUGUCCUGAAAUUGCUAGUAGUAUGAAUCGGACAUUGUAUCAUAUAUAGUGAUUGUAAAAUAUUUACCUGUAUAAAUUGCCUUGUUGGGCUGUUUUUUCAGCCUAGCUAAAGCCAAAUAUACAUACAAUUACAAAGAUUGGAAGGUAACAAUACUGAUGGUCUAGUUUAAAAAAAGAUUACUGCAACAUAUAGCCACUGUGUGGUACUAAUGUUAUGGGCAAUUGGAAUAUGCAAUGAAAUUGCUAUCUUUGUGGUGUUAACAGUCGAGGCAUAGUGAUAAAAAUACAGCUGGCCUUUACCAUCUCCAUUUAUUAGGGCCUUAAUUUGUUUUAAAUUGCUUAUAUAUGUAUUUAUUUUUUAUGACAUUAGUUGUUUAAGAAAGUCACUGGCGGUCCAGGACUUUUGUUUUUGAGAAUGUUCUUCUGGGCUAAACUAUUUAAAAAUACAAUAAAAUAUUUUAUUUGUAAGAAAAUUAA